GUGUGACAAGUGUCACUUUGUCAAGAAAUGUAAGCAUGCCGUCUCCAAAUGUCAUAUUUAUGAAAACAUAUUUUCACACACGGUUAACUAUCGACAGUCUUAAUGAAUAAUUUGUUGCUUUAAAUUUAAAAAAAUAUAAGUAUUUCGUUUAUUUUUUUCGCUCCAAAUUUGCACUUGAGAGGAAAGUUGAACGACAGACGCAAAAAUGGCUGAAUUUGUUGAAUAUCGGAUGGAACGCACGUUGCCCGAGUAUGAGCAAAUGCGAAUACUGAAUUUGUUUACACACGAGGAAAUUUUAAAAAUGAAGAAGGCACGUGAAAAUUUUGAAUACCGUUGCACACAGCCGUCGCGAGAUAUAAAGGAUUUUGUCGAGUACAUAAAGUAUGAGCGAAGCGUAAUCGGUUUGACAAAGCAGAGAUCCAAACUGUAUAAGUUGACUCAAAAUCACACCAUCGCCACUCUGAUUGCGGGCCGCAUGAAACAGCUCUAUGCUCAAGCCCUAUCAAAAUUCCCGCAUAAUUUACGUUUCUGGGACGAAUACAUCAAGUUCUUGCAACAGUUCAAAUUCACAAAAGAUAUACCGGCCACAUUCGAUCAUAUGCUACAGUUUCACAGCGACAAAGCUGAUGUUUGGAUUCGGGCAAUUUUGUGGGAAUACAAUGAAAAUUACAGCCACGAACGGGUGAAAGGACUCUUGUUACGCGCUCAACACCUUCAUCCCGAGUCACAAAAAUUAUACUUGACAUUUUUCCAAAUUGAAUUGGAGAAUAAACGCGAGGCCGACGAAAGUUUAGCAUUACAACACGCGCAAAUCGUUUACACAAACGGCAAAAAGACAUUCACGAAUGUAACGUUUUACAUCGAAAUGCUGAAUAUCGUUGAUAAAUUCAGUUACGCAAACUCAAUUCAACACAUGAUUAUGAAUGAUUUGCGCGAAAUGUUCCAGCACGAGGAAAUAAUGUGGCAUACAUUGGCGCAACGUGAAUUAAACGACUUGUCCACCGAUCAAUUCAUCAAACUAGAAAAUGAAGAUAAUGCGAUGGACGAAGAUUCAUCACGUUUAACGGCUGUCCAACAUUCACAAAGAAAACGCAUCGAGAAAUGUGUUGAAAUUUACCAAGAAGCUGUCCAAGUGGUGAAUACGGCCAAAAUGUGGACUUAUUAUAUAAAUGCGAUGCUUGCACUCAAUAAUGAUACGUCGUCGGCAGUGACUCAAAUCGGAUUGAAACGCUUUUCACUGAGCCAGGCAUUUGAGGGAGCCAACAAUUCGAAUCAAAUGUCCGAAACUCAUUAUUUACAGUACAUUGAAUUGCUGUAUUCGAACAAUCCCAAGGACGAAAAUAUUGAGCAAGUAUUGCAGAAAGCGACGAAAAUGUUUGGAACGUCGGAAAGCAUUUGGCUCCAGUAUUUACGCUACUAUAUUCAAGCAAACAAUUUCAAAAAGUUGAAGGAGAUUUUCAAAACGGCCAAACUUCGGCUUGGCGCAACAAAUGGCUCGGAAGUGUGGGAACUCUACUUGAUUUACUUGAAAUCGGUACAAAGUAAUGAGGCGAACAGCGAGUUUGAACGCUUGAUUUCGGAGGUGGCAUGCCAGCCGCAUCGAAGUUUCAAUGUUUUAAAAGCGCACAUUCUAGAAUUACUAGCUACAACUGUAAGCAUGAAACGUGCUCGUAAGACAUAUCUGUUGUUCAUAAAGCACUUUCCCAGUUGCUAUGAGGUUCAUGAAAUGAUGGCCGAAUUAGAAGCAAAACAGUUGAAGCGCGACUUAGAUUCAGAGCGACAUUGCCUGGAAAUGUUGAUAUUGAAUUUCGGAAAAACGAGAACCGAUGUUUGGCUGCGGUAUAUGCGUUUUGAGCGAAAUGUUGGCGAACCGAAGAACGUAGGCAGGUUGCAUAAGAGCGCAUUGGCCACUCUCAAACCGGAGCUGCUCGAUGAAUUCAGUGCUAUGUACAACUUUUUCUCAAACGGAGAUGUUUAGUAUCAUUUAAGUUGGUGCUCUCGUGGGGAAUUUUAGAAAUAGGUCCAUUUGAAAAUGAAAAUCGUUUAUGAAUUGCCUUCGAAAAAUAAACUUUUUAUUUUUGAUUUACAUUUAUUACAUUAA